AAUCCGGAAGUGGCUAAACUAGACCGGACGUGACGUCUAGGGUUUCAUGGCAAGUUUAAUGGCAGCCUACAGAGAGGCCACGCUUGCUGUGUUUUCCAUACUUCUACUUAUUAUUUAGAAAUAUAUAUACACAUAAUAAGAUUUGAAAAUGUCGGGGCGACAAAGCAACAAAUUACCAAACAACCUACCACAACUUCAGAAUCUCAUAAAAAGAGACCCACAGUCAUACGUAGAAGAGUUUCAGCAGCAGUACAGACACUACCAGUCUAAUGUGCAGAUCUUCAAACUGCAGCCUGACAAGCCAAACAAGGAGUUGGCAGACCUUGUCAUGUUUCUUGCUCAGAUUGGUCACUGCUACCUUCAGCAGCUCUCCACCUUUCCACAAGAGCUGUCUGAGUUACUAAUGAGUCACCACACAGUCCUCGAGCCCGACCUCAGAAUGACCUUUUGCAAAGCAUUGAUUCUCUUGAGGAACAAAAAUCUGAUCGACCCCUCUGGCCUCCUGGAGCUCUUCUUUGAGCUGCUGCGAUGUCACGACAAACUUCUCAGAAAGACAUUGUACACCCACAUUGUCACAGAUAUCAAAAACAUCAAUGCAAAGCACAAAAACAACAAAGUUAACACAACGUUACAGAACUUCAUGUACACAAUGCUGAGAGACAGUAACCCCUUAGCUGCAAAGAUCUCUUUAGAUGUCAUGGUGGAGCUCUACAAAAGAGACAUUUGGAAUGAUGCCAAAACAGUGAAUGUCAUUACGACAGCAUGCUUCUCAAAAGUGACAAAGAUUCUGGUCGCAGGUUUUAAAUUCUUCCUGGGCAAAGAUGAGGAUGAGAAAAAUGACAGUGGCUCAGAAUCAGAGGCAGAGGGACCAUCAGUCAGAGACCUGAAGGUGAGAUUCUCCACUGGCAAGAAAUCCACCAAAAACAAGAAGAAGCUGGAAAAAGCUAUGAAAGUCCUCAAGAAAAGCAAGAAAAAGAAGAAAGUAGAAGUGUUCAACUUUUCUGCUAUUCACCUGAUUCACGAUCCUCAAGAUUUCUCUGAGAAACUCUUGAAGCAGUUGGAGGACUCUAAAGAGCGCUUCGAGGUGAAGAUCAUGUUGAUGGAGCUCAUAUCCAGACUGGUUGGAAUCCACGAGCUCUUCCUUUUUAAUUUCUACCCAUUCAUCCAGAGGUUUCUUCAGCCACAUCAAAGAGAGGUGACAAAGAUCCUCCUCUGCGCUGCCCAGGCCUCACAUCAACUUGUUCCACCAGAGGUUAUCGAACCUGUAAUCAUGACCAUCGCCAACAACUUUGUGACGGACAGAAACUCAGGGGAAGUCAUGACUGUGGGUAUCAAUGCAAUAAAAGAAGUGGCAGGUCGCUGUCCACUCGCUAUCAAUGAAGACCUUCUGCAGGAUCUCGCCCAGUACAAGACCCACAAAGACAAGAAUGUGAUGAUGUCAGCAAGAGGACUGAUCCAGCUGUUCAGGAAUCUAAAUCCACAGAUGCUGCACAAGAGGGACAGGGGGAGACCCACAGAGGCGUCAACAGAGGCCAAGAUCAAAGACUAUGGAGAGCUUGAGGCUAAAGACUACAUCCCUGGAGCUGAAGUCCUGGAGGUAGAGGAGGGGGAGAAGAAAGAGAGAGAAGAGGAUGAAGAAGGCUGGGAGAGCGCCAGUAUAAGUGAUGAUGAUGAAGACGGCGAGUGGAUAGACGUUCACCACUCGUCUGAUGAAGACACAAAGGAAGUGGCUGAGAAGCUUCAGAGUAUGCCAAUGGAGGAGAGGAAAGCCAAAGCAGCUGCAGUCAGUGGCAGCAGGCUCCUCACUCAAGAUGACUUUAAGAAGAUCCGCCUGGUUCAGCUGGCGAAGGAGGUCAAUGCUGCACCAGGGAAGGGCCAGAAGAGGAAGACUGUGGACAGCGACGACGAGGGUGACAGGGGGGAGGUGCUGACUUUGAGAAAUAUUGAGAAGCUGCACAAGAAACCGAAAGAGGACAAGGAAUCACGGCUAGCAACAGCAAUGGCGGGAAGGACGGACCGUAAAGACUUUGUCAAGAGGCAUACCAAGUUGAACCCACACGCCAGCACCAGCAACAGGGAGAAGAGGAAAACGAAGAACUUCAUGAUGAUGAGACACAGUAAUAAUGUCAGAACAAAAGGCAAACGCUCCUUCAGAGAAAAACAGAUGGCUCUCCGGGAUGCGCUCCUGAAAAAGAAGAAGCAGUAUAAGUAGGACAGAUAAACCUGAUCAUUGAUAUGGCCUCAUUAUAUUGUACUUCCCCUUUUAACCCUGUAAAAUGUAGUCUGUGUACCAUUGUAUUAUAUCAAGAGAAAAAACUGCAUUUGUACUGUCCUGAAAUAAACAAUCUUUGACAAUUC